AUGUUGAUACCGAUCGCCGUCUCAUCGGUAGCAGCAGGUCUGCUCGCCGCCACCUCCUAUCUUCCCUACAAAACCCACCUCAAGCUCCACGGCGAAGCCAUCGAUCCAGCCACGCUCGGCUUGAACCACAAUCUCAACCUCAAGCACUGCACACCCCUGUCCACACGUCUUCCCGACGAAGCAGCAGGUUCUACCGAGCCCUCUUUCUGCGAAGACAUUGCUAUAGACCGCCGCACGGGCGUCGCAUACCUGAGCUGCGAUCCUACCCGACUUACAUGGGAUGCACGUACAGGCAUUUACGAAGACGACAGCGGCAAGCUCGCCUCCGAGCAAGGCAAACCUGGUAUAUGGGCUUGGGACACCAACCGACGUAGCCUUCCUCGCAAGCUCUACAUCUCUUCGCCUCCUCCGGAAUACCCUCUAAAGGCACCGGCUGAUCUUCAGUCGACAUUCCACCCGCUCGGCAUUGCGGUCACCGCCUCGCAUCCUUACUUUGUCGAAGAGCCCAAGAAGGGCGAGGAGGCCCGGCCGGAGCCACCUGCCAACCUUGUGUUAGUGGCGAACAAGCCCUACGCGGACCGACCCGGCGUUGUGGACAUCUUUGUGCAUGAUUUCGACAAGAUCGGUGGCAAAGACCACACGACUUUGCGAUGGAUCAAGCGAGUGCAAGGCGAAGAUCUGAUCGGAUCGCACAGCGAUUUUGACACCCGCUUCAACAUCGACCCUUUCCGCAUUGCUAUCUUUGAAGAACAGUAUUCGGAGCGUAUCGAACGAGCUUAUCCCGAUCCAUUGCAUGUUUCAGAAAGCCCAGAUCACCUCGCUGGAUUCCAGGACGAUGACCCAGAAACGACUGCGAGCAAGUACAUUCGCAUUCCAAGCUUCUUUGUCACAUCUCUACCUGAUCGUAGCAGCAAGAGCACAGUAGAGACCUCCUCCGUCUUCUCAGCUGUCUGGGAGCCUAUUGCGUCGUAUCUCUCCUCACACUAUUCUCGUGUGAGCGACUCGGUAACACGCAAGGUCUUCGUCCACCAUUCGUCGAUCAACAAGACCCUCUCCGUCCGAUUGGAUGGCAGUGAUCCGGACCAGUGGCAAGGCUUCCCUCCCCUUAUCCAGGCUUGGGAUGGAGGAGGAAAAAAGGCCGGUUCAAACUCUUCUGCUACCGCUUUGUUCAUCCCUUCCCUCACUUCUGAUUCGUCGAAAGUGCAGGAAUGGGAGCAACACUGGGUGCGAGGUAUUGCCGGAGGAAUUCGCGACCACCACGUCACAGUGAGGGAGACCACCAAAGACGGUCAACCGAACAACAUACUUCGUCUCUACAAGACCUACACACCUUCCUUUGUCAACUUUUUCUCCAUGGAGCACGAGAGUCCCAUUCGAGCUCUUGUUGUCGAUCAACACGGUCGAACUUGGACCGCGAGUAACCCCAGCACGCGCUCUGUAGAGGAGUGGAUCGCAUCGCAACGAGACGAACGCAGAAGACGUUUGGGUCUCUCCUCGGCGUCAGUCUCGAGCGUGCUAUCGAGCUCAGAACGACCACCCAGACCAGCAGGAAAGAUUGAUCAGACCACUUUCGUCUUCCGUCACUUUGGUAGCGUCGUCGCGCAUCCUUGGGAGACAGAAAAGCUCAGGCUUAAAAAGGAAAAAGGUGUAUGGCUCAGGAAAGAGUAUCACACGUUCAACAUUUUCCAGAGUCCAGCUGAGACCAAGGCCCAGAUCGAAGCUAGGAGUGAAGACGAGCACAAAGAGGGUGGAUUCUUGCCUACGAUUCCAACGGGUUUGGCGAUCAACUUGAAGCAGAAGCUGCUCUUUGUGACGGGCGCUUAUGAAGAGCGAGGUAUUGCGAUGUGUUCGCUACCACAGGACUGGGUCGAGCCUUGA